AUGGCGCAUAUCGCCUCUGAUCGCGGCGCUCGCGCGCAUUCCCGAUCCUUCUACAACUCAGAAAGAGAUAAUCACAGAGACCACCGAGAUCACCGCGAUAAUCACACAAGCGCGCGCUUCACGUACGAGCACCCGGCUCCCUCCAAGACCUCCCUCAAAAGCCGCGACUUUUCCCCGCAGCGGGGACAGGACGGGGGAAGGGGAGAUGCGGGGGCUGAGAGGGAGCUCACGCGGGAUUCCGUUAGGGGGAGGGCGGGGGAAGCGGGGUGCGGGAAUAGAGAGGAGGGCGGAAGGCGGUGCCGCUCCAGUAGCCCCCCCCGGGAUGAUGGGGGGGAAAAUGUGCGCCGGCGGAAGUCCUGGGGGGACGGGCGGGAAGACUGGGGGGGGGGCCGAGGGGGAAGAGGGGGAGGAGACAAUGCGGCAUGGGGGAGGGGGGUUGGGGAGCGGGGCGCUAAGGGCUUUGAGGGGAUGGGUGGCGGUGGUGACGGGAGGGGUGACAGGGCAAGGGUUGAUAGUAGCGGGAGGGGAGGAACAGGAAGAGGUGAUUAUAACGGGAAGGGCGGAAGAUGUGAUAAUUUGGGGAGGACGGCUGCGUACAGCGGGAGGGGCGAGGGGCACGGGGGCUGGGCAGGCGGAGGCAGGGGCAUGCCUGGCGGCGUCCGCGGAAGAGGAGGCGCUGCCCACAGCGGCGGGCCCAGCAGCGGGCGCAGCGGCAGCGGCAGAAGCUCCGCGGACAACGCUGGCAGCAGCGGCGGCGGCGGCGGCGGCGGUGGCGGCGCCUUCCCUCGUGAAUUUCAUGAUUCGCGGGAAUUUCAGCAGAAUGCAAUGAUGAUUCACAACGUGAUUGAGCGAGAGAGGCGCAACGGAGGGAGGGGUGGGGGUCGGUCUGACGGGCAGGCGCGCGGAAACGGGGGAGAGGUAGAGGCGCGCCGAGCUGCGGGCAACGGCACCUUGGACACUCCAUGGGGGGAGCGCGAGAAGCGCGAGGGGCGGGAUGGCAUGGGGGAGCGCGAGAAGCGCGAAGGGCAGGAUGGGUGGGAGGGGCGCGAGGGGCGCGAGGGGCGUGAGGGGCGCGAGGGGCGGGAGGGCAUGGGGCGGAGGCAGGAUGGCGGGGGUUACGAGGGGACGCUGCGAGAUCGUGCAAGGGGUGAGGGCCUGGAGAGGCAGGGCGCCGCUGCUGGUGCUGAUUUCGCCGCCCUGACCUGGGUGCACGAGGACGGGCUCUACCAGAGACCCGAGGCGUACUUUGUGGUGGAUGAGGCCCCGCUGGCGCGAGGGCGGGGGGCGGGGGAGCAGGGGCUGCGCGGGAGGGAGAGGGAGAGGGAGAGGGGGAGAGGAAGGGGGAGGGGGAUGGGGUUGGUGAUGGGGAGGGGGAUGGGGACGAAGUAUGGCGCUGUAGCGGUGAGAGAGGGCUGGAGGCAUAGGGAUGAUAGGGAGAUGGAACAGGGGAGGAAGGGAUAUGAAGAGGAGUUGUGUGGAGCAGGGCGUGAGAGGAAGCUGAGUGAAGGGAGGGAGCAGGAGGAGCAGAGAGGAGUGAGGCAGUUUGGCAACAGCAACAGAGAACAUGACAAGGGGAGGCAUGAUGUGAGGUAUGAGAGGAGGUUUGUAGAGGGGCAUGAGGAGCCGAGGGAUGGUGAGAAGAGGGAGAAUGGCACGAGGGGCCACACGCCGGCACACAUGCCGGCACACAUGCCCAUGCCCAUGCACACGCACGAUGAUUCUGAAGGCGCGGAGAGGAUGCCGGGCACUGGUGCUGGUGGUGGUGGUGGUGAUGGUGCAGUGGGGGGCAGCAGGGGUGAGAAUGGAGCCGAGAGAAUGGAGGAGGAUGGAGAAAGAGAAGUGGAGAAGGUGGUGGGGGAAGAGGGGAGGGGUGGAGGGAGGAGAAAGGGAGGGGAAGAAGGCCGGGAAGAAGCAGGAGAUGAAGCACGCGCACCGCACACCACCUCACCGCACACCACCACGCCGCAGACAGACGUGCCGCACACCACCGUGGUUGCAGACCCGGCACUCUCCUCUGCUGCUGCUCCUCCCCAGCCUCCCCCCAAGCUCAUUCCUGUGCGCAUCCGCUCUCCCUUACCUGACUUAAGUGAACGAUUGGACUACACCGUCCGCCCACCCCCAAGAGCAGCACUGCCGCACACAAGACGAGCCGGUAGCAAGAGCAGGAGCAGGGGCAGGGGCAGCUCAGGAAGGUAUGGAGAGAGGGAUGACGAAGAAGAUCUGGAGGAAGAAGACUGGGACGAAGAGGGAGAGGGAGAGGAGGAGGAGGAGGAAGAGGAGGCGGCGGCGAGGGAGAGAGUGAGAACGAUCCAGCAGGGGCUGGUGCGGAAGCUGCAGCGGUUUGCGAGCGAGGGCGUGUUCACUAACGAAACGAGCCCGAGCCAUUUGUGGAGAAGGGCACGUCAGGACCCGGAGGUGGUGCAGUGGAUGAAGGAGCGUGCGCCCGUGUGCGGGCUGGGGCACGUGUUGGGCGUGCCUGUGGGCAUGCGGUUUCGGUCGCGGGAGGAGAUGCAGGUGCUGGGCGUGAAUUGCAGAUUCAAAUACAAGGUGGAAAGGGGUCGAGGUGGUGGUGGUGGUAAUGGCUUCUUCGGGGGCGUGCAGGGAUGGGGUAAGGGAUUGAAGGAGCAGCAGCAGAGCCAGCAGAAGCAGAGACAGCAGCAGAGCACGAGUAAGAGCAAGGGAAGGAAGCGCAAGUCACGAGAGGAAGAUGAGGAUGAGGGGGAUGGGAGCGAGGACGCAGAGGACGAGAAGAAGGAUUGCGACGACAUGGAAGAGCAUGCAAACUCUGCUGCUGCUGCUGCUGCUGCUGCUGCUGCUGCUGCUGCGUAUGGUGCGCUAUGGAUCAAGAUUCCCGGGACUAGCUGGGAUGCAAAGGACUGCGAGAAAGCAGAGGAAGUGAAGUGUAACUUCAUGUAUGCGGGCCUGUACCACGUGGCGCGAGUGGAGCUGGGCAAGGCUGACAAGGGCAAGGUUGGCAAGGGUGAACGUGAACCUGCUUCUGGGUCGACUCGAAAGCGAGCGGACGCGGGCAAGGUUGACAAGGGUGCAACUGCUUCUGAGUCGACUCAAAAGCGAGGGGAGGCGGGCAAGGACGACAAGGAUGACAAGGUACCGGAGCCAGAGCUCCAAUACCUGCUGCUGAAGCUGCCUGGGCAGGGAGGUGGUGCGGGUGCGGCAGGUGGUGGUGACGAGGGGGAUGAGGAGGAGGAAGAGGAAGAGGAUGAGGAUGGGGAGAGGCAGGAGGAGGGUGAGGAGGGGGGUGACAGUGGAGAGGAGGAAGAGGAGAAAGACAGUGAGAGUGAGGUGCAGAGGGGGAAGAAGCGGCAUUGGGGAAAAGGAGGAGGAGGAGAGAGAGGAGGAGCAGCAGCAGCGCAAGCAACACGUGGCGACGAUGUGGGGAAUGUGGUGUGGGUGGAAGAGGAGGAGGAAGAAGAGAAAAGGUCGUGGAUGGUGGUGGGGUGCGAUGGGCGGGUGCACUGCGCUGUGAGCCGGCAGGUGGUGGAGAAGAUGAAGGAGGGCGAGGACGGCAGGUCUCUGCUUAACAUGGCUUGUCAGCUGAGGGUGGCCGUGCACGAAGGGAUGGCGCGGAGCGGAGGGACGGGGGAGAGAGGAGGGAAGGGCGGGAGUAGAGGGAAAAGGGGGAGAGGAGGGAACGGGGGGAGUGGAGGGAACGGGGUGAGAGGAGGGAACGGGGAUGAGGGAAGAGGGAAGGGCAUUGGGGGAGAGUGUGGUGCGAGGAGGGGAGGAGCUGGGGUGAUAGGCAGUGGAAGACGGGAGCGGGCGGGUGGACAGGGGAGGGCGGGGUGGCAAGAGGAGGGAGGAGCGGGGGAGAUGGGUGUUGGUGGUGGUGAUUGGGAUAGUGCAGCUGUUGGGGGUGCGAGGGGUGGGGGGAGUGGAGUGGGUGGUGGUAGUGGGAUUGGGGCAGGAAAUGAGUCAGGGGGAGGGGCGUUGGGAGAAGAUGGGAUGAUGAGCGGCAUGCAUUGGCGGGGUACGCAGGGAGAGGAGGGAGAGAAGAGCAAUGAGAGAGCAGAGGGAUUGGAGAAUAAGGAGUUAGACGGAGCAGAGGGCGACGAGGACGGUAAGAGAACGGAUCAAGUGGAAGACGAUGAGGAGGAAGGAGGCAGCAGUGACUGCAAUGGGGAAAGCAGUGCGAGUGAGAGUGAGAGUGAGGAUGAGAGUGAGAGUGAGGAGGAGCUUUUGGGGACAACGAGGAGAGCAAAGGGUGCAAAGGGUUUGGAGCUGGUACCCAAGGACGACACUGCAGGACUGGGAGAUGAUGCCGCUGCUGCUGCUGCUGCUGCUGCUGCUGCUGCUGCUGCCAUACCGUUGCCAGGGCCGUCCAACGCUGGUAGCAUUGUUGUGUCGGGGCUAGCUUUUCCUGAUGAGGUCGAGAAAGAGGAGGAGGAGGAGGAGGAGGAGGAGGAGGAGGAGGAGGAGGAGGAGGAGGAGGAGGAGGAGGAGGAGGAGGAGGAGGAGGAGGAGGAGGAGGAGGAGGAGGAGGAGGAGGAGGAGGAGAAGGAGGAGGAGGAGGAGGAGGAGGAGGAGGAGGGAAGGGGGGAGGAGGAGCAAGAGGAUGAGGAGGAGGAAGGGGAGGAGGACCAAGAGGAAAAGGCAGAGGCAGAGGCAGAGGCAGAGGUGGUUAAGUCACGUUCAAAGAGUAAGAAGGGUCGCAAGAAACAAGGAGGGAGCAGUGAAGAGAAGGAAAAUGUGCAGGAGAAGAAAAAGAAGCAUAGAAAGAAGGUGCAGACUAAGGAGGAGGAGGAGGAGGAGGAGGAGGAGGAGGAGGAGGAGGAGGAGGAGGAGGAGGAGGAGGGAAGGGGGGAGGAGGAGCAAGAGGAUGAGGAGGAGGAAGGGGAGGAGGACCAAGAGGAAAAGGCAGAGGCAGAGGCAGAGGCAGAGGUGGUUAAGUCACGUUCAAAGAGUAAGGGUCGCAAGAAACAAGGAGGGAGCAGUGAAGAGAAGGAAAAUGUGCAGGAGAAGAAAAAGAAGCAUAGAAAGAA